AUGCUAAAUAAGUGCAUCCCGGACGUAGAAAGAGUGAUACAAGGUAUGCCGAAGAUACAAAAAGAAUAUUACAGAUGGAGGGCCACCUUCAAAGUUAAAAACUUCAAGGAGUCGACGCAGACUUGCCAUUUCAAAAAAGAAUUAACGAACGCGGUUAGAUGGGGACGCGAUAAUCGCAUAACAUUCACUAAAGCAGAUAAAACCAAGGCAUUAGUGGUGAUGAAAAGAGACACAUACGAAAGAGGGUUACGCGAAUAUAUAGAAGAUACCAGAUGCGUUGAACAAGAAAGCAAAACAAUUGAAAAACUCCACACAAGAGUUAAACGUUUUUCAAAAUCUGCGUUGGCGAAGAGUCUUGGAAUGCAAGAUAUAGUCAUGGACGCUCCGGACACACCCAAACUGUUUGCGUUUGCAAAAACACACAAACAAGGGCAGAAGCUAAGACCGGUGGUGGAUAAAGCUAAAUCUCCCACUCGCAAAUUGGAGGCAGCUCUGCAUCGCAUCAUAGCUCCACAAUUACAAGGAUACCGAUAUACUAUUUCCGAUUCUAGUGAGUUAAUAGAGAUUCUCAAGCACACAGAACAACCGGCGUGCAUCUCAAUCAUGGAUUUCCGUUCAUUAUACCCUUCUAUUGAAUUGCCGCCGUGUUUUUGUGCAGUCAGAGACUUUCUAUUGCAAUAUGUGAACGAUGAAGGGUUACGCCCGCAAAUUCUAGAGUUGGCACACCUAAUAUGCUACAACUCCGUAUUUCAGUUUAAUGGCAUCACAUAUAACCAAGGCAGAGGUGUACCCAUGGGUAGUGCAACCUCAGGAGAUCUAUGCGAGCUGGUUAUCAGAAAAUUAGAGGAAAGGGUAAUUACGUGUUUCUACGACAACAUCAUUUUGUACAAACGUUACGUCGAUGACGUCAUUAUACUGUGGAGAAACAACCCUGACAUCAACCUGUUUAUAGAUCAGGUAAACAACAACAAUUACAGUCUUACUGUAGAGGUGGAGCAGCAUAGUGACUCCACGGUCCAUUUUCUGGAUGUGAACAUUAGAAUAGAGGAGUCUCACCUAAGCACUUCGGUGUAUCGGAAGCAACAUGACUUCCCGACGUAUAUUCCAGCGGACUCAUGCGACCCGUUCGGGUACAAAGUGGCAGCGUUUAGGGCGCUUGUCAAAAGGGCCUACACGCACUGCUCUACUCAGAGGGCAUUAAAUAAAGAGAUGGAAUAUCUCAGAAAAGUAGCCGACAUACACGGCUUCCAUAACAUAAUACAGAGGUUGGCGACGCAAUACAACAACGUAGGACCACCUUGUACUACCAAUAGAGAGGAUGGCAUACAACAAGAACAACGCAUCGUAACGGUUACUUACAACCCGAUCUUGACUACUGUUUAUCAUAAAAUCGCGAAACUGCAAGGGAUACGCAUAGCAUAUAGAAGAUGUCCAUCUAUUUUUCCUCUUAUACGUAAUGAGAAGGACAAGCCUAGUCGGGAUAGGCUGCCAGGGGUGUAUUCGGUGCCACUCACCGACCAUAGAUGUGACAAGGAGCUGGUAUACAUUGGGGCCACAAAAAGAGCAGUCGGAGUAAGGUGGAAGGAGCACCAAAAGGACAUCGAGCACAAUAGAUGUAGCACGGCUUUAUCGGUUUGUCAAUAUAUUUAG